CCACCUGGCCCUCCACCUGCGGGCACAACGGUCUCUCUUUAGCCCCGUGGGCGCCCACCGCCCCUGCUCCCGCCCUCGACCUUAGGAGCAACAGACGCUCCAGAAUGGGAAAUGAGGCCAGUUACCCGGCAGAGAUAUGCUCGCACUUUGACGAAGACGAAAUUAAAAGGCUGGGCAAGCGGUUUAAGAAGCUGGACUUGGACAGUUCCGCUCUGAGCGUCGAAGAGUUCACGUCCAUGCCGGAGCUGCGGGAGAACCCGCUGGUGCAGUGGGUGAUCGACGGCUUCGACACCGACGGCGACGCACAGGUGGACUUCCGGGAAUUCAUCCUGGGGACCUCCCAGUUCAGCGUCCGGGGAGAUGAGCAGCAGAAGCUGAGGUUUGCUUUCAGCAUCUACGACCUGGACAAAGACGGCUACAUUUCCAGCGGGGAGCUCUUCCAGGUGCUGAAGAUGAUGGUGGGGGGCGGCCUGAAAGACUGGAAGUUACAGCAGCUGGUGGACAAAACCAUCAUCCUCCUGGACAAGGAUGGGGACGUGAAAAUCUCCUUCCAGGAAUUCAGUGCUGUGGUCAGAAGCCUGGAGGUCCACAAGCACUUGGUGACAGUUGUGUGAGUUUUAGAAGGUUGCCACUCAACAACAACUUUUUGUUUCUUCUCUGUCUCUUUAAAGAUCUGCCCAAGAGGCCAGUAACUGCCAUCUCUGACCUACUGGAAAGUGUCUCUCUUACUGAAGCAAGAUCUUCCAGCCUCUUGACCACCUACCUCAGUGUUACUAACUCUUCUGCUCUCAGUGAUUCAGGAUAAUGCCCUGAGUUGGGGAGAACAUGAUGAAGGAGCAUGGAGGGAAAAGAAAAGGAAACAGCUUUUAUGAAUGUUUUUUUUUUCUUUGUUUUGAUUCAGAAACCAAACUCCAAAGAGUGAAGGGAACUUUUAAAGUUCAAAAAUAAGAUAAUACACAUCUUUUCCUUUA